GUCAGAGGUAUAUUUUUCCAUUAAAAUUUAAACCGUUCAAGCAUUUCUAAAUAUUCAUAAACAUAUUCCAAAUGCCUGUGGUAUAUGGGAGGAUUCCUUUGAACUGGGAAAUAAAGAUAACUAAAUGUGAAGUAAUAUAAUGUUCCGAUUGGCUUCUCCAAGAAGUUUAUCGUUAGCUCUGACCCAAACCAGAUUUUGUUCCACAAACCAACACAAACCAAUCAAAACUCUCCUUGUGGCAAACAGGGGCGAAAUAGCAGUAAGAGUAUUCCGUUCAUGCAAAGAAUUGGGAAUCAGAUCGGUAGCCAUUUAUUCCAAAGAAGAUAAAGCUCAAAUACACAGAUUUAAAGCAGAUGAAUCCUAUUUGGUAGGAGAAGGCAAAAAGCCUGUAGAAGCUUACUUGGACAUACCUGGAAUAAUAGAAAUCUGCAAGAUAUACGAGGUAGAUGCAGUGCAUCCCGGUUAUGGCUUCCUAUCUGAAAACGCUGACUUCGCUAGAGCUGUUAUCGAUGCCGGAAUCACAUUUAUUGGACCAUCCCCAAAGACAAUCGAGAACAUGGGUAAUAAAACUGCUGCAAGGGAAGCAGCUAUAGCUUCUGGUGUUCCCAUAAUACAUGGCUCAAACAACAUCCUGGCGUCAUCGGAAGAAGCGGUAAAAUUUUGCGAAGAGUACGGCCUUCCUGUUAUAUUAAAGGCAGCGUUUGGGGGUGGUGGAAGAGGUAUGAGGGUCGUAAGAACCAUGGAGGACGUCGUGCCGAUGUUCGAGCGAGCAACAUCAGAAUCACAAGCUGCUUUUGGCAAUGGUGGACUUUUUAUUGAAAAGUUCAUUGAAAGACCUCGUCACAUUGAAGUACAAAUACUUGGCGAUUCUCAUGGAGACAUCGUUCAUUUAUGGGAAAGAGAUUGCUCAGUACAGAGGAGGCAUCAAAAGUUAGUGGAACUAGCUCCAGCUCCAAAUCUUUCUGAAGAAAAGAGGCAUUUAGUUACGGAAUACGCAGUCAAAUUGGCGAAACAUGUCGGAUAUGAAAACGCUGGAACUGUCGAAUUUCUACUUGAUGAAAAAGGAGAUUUUCAUUUCAUAGAAGUUAACUCCAGAUUGCAGGUGGAACAUACGGUAACUGAGGAAAUAACGAACAUCGAUUUGGUCCAAUGUCAGAUCAAAAUUGCAGAGGGUCAAUCUCUAAAAGAGCUUGGCAUCAUCCAAGAAGCUAUAGUACCUAAUGGAUUUGCGAUUCAAUGUCGUGUAACGUCUGAAGAUCCAACGAAGAACUUUCAACCUGACACAGGAAGGAUAGAGGUAUUUAGGUCCGGUGAAGGUAUGGGCAUAAGAAUCGAUGGAGGAGCCGCCUACACAGGUGCAGUGGUGUCUCCCCAUUACGACUCUUUGUUACUAAAAAUAAUUGCACGUGCCAAGGAUUUGAAUUCCGCCGCUAUUAAGAUGACUCGGGCCUUAAUGGAAUUCAAAAUUCGUGGAGUCAAAACCAAUUUAAUGUUUCUAAAGAACGUGUUGAGGAACGAGAAGUUUUUGGCCGGUCAAGUGAACACGUACUUCAUCGACGAUAAUCCACAUCUUUUCCAAUUCAGAGCCACCAGAAACACCACCAUGAAAAUCUUAUAUUACUUGGGGGAAAUUAUGGUGAACGGACCCCACACUCCUUUAGUGACUAAUUUAAAACCUUCCGAAAUCAAUGUUCACGUUCCACCGGUAGAAAACGCACCUCCUCCGAGAGGUUUCAGGCAAAUUUACAAAGAAGAAGGCGCAGAAGCCUUUGCCAAAGCUGUUAGGGAGCACGAAGGACUUUUAUUGAUGGAUACCACCUUCAGAGAUGCCCAUCAAUCCUUAAUGGCAACCAGAUUCAGAACACGCGAUUUUUUGCGAAUUUCCCCAUUUGUUGCGCAAAACUUCAGUAAUUUGUACUCUAUGGAGAAUUGGGGUGGUGCUACCUUCGAUGUGGCCAUGAGAUUUCUCUACGAGUGUCCUUGGGAACGAAUUGAGAGGAUGAGAACUCUGAUCCCCAACAUUCCUUUUCAGAUGUUGCUCAGAGGAGCCAACGCUGUUGGUUACACCAACUAUCCGGACAAUGUUCUGUUCAAGUUUUGUGAAGAAGCUGUAGAAACUGGUAUGGACGUAUUCAGGAUAUUCGACUCCCUAAACUACUUGCCUAACCUUCUAAUUGGCAUGGAAGCUGUGGGAAAGGCGGGAGGCAUAAUCGAAGCUGCAAUUUCUUAUUCAGGUGAUGUAAGCGAUCCAAACAAAACCAAAUAUGACCUUAAUUACUAUCUGAACCUCGCUGAUGAACUUGUGAGGGCAGGAACGCACGUUCUCUGCAUCAAAGACAUGGCGGGUUUACUAAAACCACAAGCGGCAAAAAUUUUAGUGACUGCUUUGAGGGAUAAACAUCCAGAUAUACCCAUUCACAUCCACACUCACGAUACAAGUGGAGCUGGCGUAAGUUCGAUGAUAAACUGCGCCGAGGCUGGUGCUGAUAUUGUGGACGUAGCUGUUGAUGCUAUGUCUGGUAUGACCAGUCAACCCAGUAUGGGCGCCGUGGUGUCGAGUUUACAACGUACCAGUCUGGAUACACAGUUAGAUUUGAAGAAGAUCUCUCAGUAUUCAGCGUACUGGGAGCAAACCAGAACACUGUAUGCACCAUUCGAGUGUUCAGUGACUUUGAAGAGCGGUAACGCAGAUGUAUAUGUUCAUGAGAUUCCUGGUGGGCAAUACACAAACUUACAGUUUCAAGCCUACUUUAUGGGUCUUGGCGACGUUUUUGAAGAAGUCAAGAAAGCCUACACUGAAGCAAACGAGCUACUGGGCGAUAUAAUUAAAGUCACCCCAUCGUCUAAAGUUGUUGGUGAUUUGGCGCAGUUCUUGGUACAAAACAAACUUACAGCUAAAGAAGUGUUAGAAAAGUUAGAUAAAGGAGAGAAGUUAUCAUUUCCCAAAUCAGUCAUCGAAUAUCUUCAAGGAUAUAUUGGACAACCUUACGGCGGGUUUCCAGAGCCGUUCAGAACUCAAGUUUUACAAGGUAUGCCCACGAUAGAAGGGAGACCUGGUGCUAGUUUACCACCUGUGGAUUUCGAUGCAUUGAGAAAAGAGAUCCUGACGGAAUUUCCGAAUGCGAAGGAACGAGACGUAAUUUCAGCCGCAUUGUAUCCCAAAGUGACCAGAGACUUUUUGAGGUUCAAAGAAAAAUACGGAGAAGUGGAUAAACUGGACACAAGGAUUUUUCUGGUCGGUCCCAAGGUGGGGGAGGAGUUUGAAAUCCAUUUCACGCGAGGCAAAAACGUUGGACUGAAAGUGAUGGCGAUGGGCGAUUUGAUUACGCACAAAGGGAUGAAAGAGGUGUUUAUAGAGGUGAAUGGCAUAAUGAGGACGGUUUGGAUAUACGAUAAGAAGAUGAAGAAAGAUGUGCUCGUCAACGUGAAGGCGGAUAAGGAAAAUCCACAGCAAGUAGGUGCUCCAAUGCCUGGUGAAGUUAUCGACAUUAAAGUCAAAGUGGGAGAUAUUGUGCAGAAAGGCACGCCUAUUGUGAUUUUAUCUGCCAUGAAGAUGGAAACUGUGGUUCAAAGUCCGGUGGAUGGGAAGGUUAAAUCUAUUCAUGUUCGUCCAAAAACUGUUGUAGAAGUCGAAGACUUAAUCAUAACAGUAGAAUAAAAAUAAAUGUUUGUUAAAUGCGAUGUUUAUUUGUUUUAUUUGAGUGUAACAUUAGGUUACCAUGGAAAGUUCGUGAUAACAUCAAAAUUACAAAAUUUUAGAGCCAGAAAUGGGUACCAACGAUAUGAUUGAAAUUGCCAAAUUAUGCGCAGGAAUGGUUAUACUGGCUUAUGCCGUUAGUGUGAUUCGCAGUACUCAUUCUUAAAAUGAAAAAAUGUGGAUACAUAUUUGCAGAUGUAAUGUUUCAAUUCAUGUUAAAAAGGUUGUUAUGAAGGUGGGAAUUAACUAAUAAGAUUUGUAUCCAUUUUUGAAGGCUGUCAUUAAUGAAGUUUCAAUAAAAUUAUUUUAAUUUAAAA